AUGCAAGACCUUAUUCACGCGUUAAGUCCUAUAUACCAAAUUCCUUCCCGUCACCGAAUCGCCGAUGAUCUGCUAGAUGAAGCAUAUAAUGGACUACGGGAGGAGGUGUUGAAGGAGCUGCGGAGAACCGAAUUCUUGAAUGUCACGGUUGAUGAGACCACCAAUAUCCGAUCUCAACGGGUGAUUGUGAUGACUAUCACAACGCCUACAAAAUCGUGGUUUAUUCACCUAAAUGACAUGGAAGACCAGACUCUUGAUGCUCCUGCUAUUUGUAGUUGGGUCUUGGACAGGCUCCAAUACCUCCUACUACAGCUGGAUAAAGCGGCUGAUUGGAAGAGAAUCAAUUCUAUAUCGACGGACACGUGUUGUGUUAUGAAAUCAGUCUGGGAGAAACUGAAGGCAACGCCAGAACUAGAGCACUACUUUAUGAUCCCAUGUGACUCUCACGGUCUACAGCUUAUCAUGAAAGAUAUUGUUGAUCCCAAGAGUUCUAAGGUCCCACGGGCCGGGGAGGUGUUCAAGUCGGCCCUCGCAAUCGUUGUCUUCUUCCACCACUCACCACUUGAGUACGCAAGAAUGCAAGCCAAGCAGAUUGAGAAAUGGGGUCAGAGAAAAGCGCUUAUUGCGUCCGUCAUUACAAGAUGGGGAACGCAAUAUAAUAUGCUUUCCUCUCUUCACGAUUGCCAAGAAGCUAUCUAGUCCCUGGGAAAGUCGACGAGAGCUCUCGAUAUCAUAUUGAGGGUGUUCUACGACCGCUUCAGAGUGAAAACAAGAGAUCGUCAGCUUAGCACGAAUUUCUAUCGUUUCGACAGAAAACAGGCGCAUUUUACAAUGCUUCUUGCUAGGAGGCCAAAUGCCCAUCUCUCUUUUGGCUUGAAGCCUACUAUGGCGAACUCCGUAGCAGCAGAGAGAGCUUUUUCACAGAUGACCCUUCAGCACACAAAAAUCCGAAAUAGACUCGAGCCUCACCGCGUUGAAAAAUUGCUCUUUGUGCAAAUCAACAAACGACAAUUCCGGGCAGAGCAGCCUCCCAAGGUCACACAGGAAUUGCUCCUCGAGGAAGAGGAUGACGAGAUAGAGAGGGUUUUGCAGCGAAAGUAG